AUGCUGAGGCAAAACGGUGUUCCCAUUUGCUGUUGCUUUGAACGAGCCCGUUUACGCUGCACGGAUUACACCAGCACUUCACUACACGAUGCGAGGUCUGGAAUGAGUACAUGGCUCGACCAUUCAAGGGAAUCUGAGCAUGAUGUCGGAUUCGAUUUUUCAGAUGCCUCUUCCGAAUCUUCCUUCUCGCUAUAUUUUUGUUCCAAGCCUCGGUGGCAAUUUCUAUCAAGGAUCAGGCGGUUUUGCGAUCAGGAGCUACGAAAUGGAAAAUCUUCUCGUCGAGAUCUCGCCGGAGGACCUGACGGUGAAUCUGAGCAUGAUGUCGCAUUUGAUUUUUCAGUUACCGGACCUGGAACGUAUCAUUUGCUCAUCGAAGUCUCUCAAAUCGGAGCUCAGGAGGACCGCGAUGAUGGUGUUGCAGUGAUGCCAACGCCCUACGAAGUGCGCAUCGAAAUUCCU